AUGACUAGACCAAAGAACGACGCGUUGAAAAUGCAUCUGACCCUUCUUGAGUUUGAUUUUAGCGUGAACACGAAGUCAAAACGGCACCUAGUAAAAUCACGAAUGGUUUUUUUUUUUCUGCAAAAUUGGUUCAAAAUGCAUUUGAUCCUUGAGUUUGGUGGAGGCUUAGAGCUUUUAUGUGUGAGUCUAUUAAAGUUCACAAUGUGAAUUUUGAUCUGCCUAAAGGAACUGAUAAGUUAAGCAUGAAGGAUUAAGUAGCUUGGAUUCGUACCAAUUUGAUCAAGGAGAGACCUGAAAUGCUCAUGAAAGGGGAGUCUGUGUGAGUGUUUUAAAAGUUUAGUCUUUGAAUUAGGAUUGUAAUUCUCCGUUGAAAGUUUAGUCUUGGAAUUAGUAUUUCACUUGAAUUCCCCGUUGAAAGUUUGAAACUGAGAAACACAGUUGAGUUUGGGUUCCUUUUUUUUUGUUAUCUGUAUGAAGAACAAAGUUUCCUUGGUUUUUUCUGUUGCUUACUUGAUUUCAUACCGUCUAAUUUGAUAUAAGAAAUGGAUAAUAACCCACACCAAAAUCCUUACCCUUAUCACCAUGGAUACCCUCCUCCAAAUCAAGAUCCAUAUGCGCCUCCGCCAUAUCAAUACCCUUAUAACUCUCCCCAAUACCCUCCUGCACUGCAUAUGUAUCCACCCCCAGUCCAUGCCCUUGCUUCAGCUCCCAUUGACUAUGGACAUUCUCAUUCUUAUUCUGGACCAAUUCCUUAUCAAUAUUCACACCCAAUACCUCCAAAUUCUUCCCAACCUGCUCCCCAAUAUCAUGGUAGUUUUCAGUAUGGUUCAACUUUUAAUCCUUACCAGCAAUCCCUAUCUGGUCAUUACCCACCUCCAAAAAGUAACCCGCAAUCAUCCUCCACUUAUCAGCAGCCUUCACAAUAUCCUCCUCAAUCAUCCUCCUCUUAUCAACAACCUGCACAAUAUACUCCUCCUGAAAGUAAUUCUGAGCUCCUCUCCACACACAUUAGCUUCUCUGGUCAUAACCGGCAAGACAGUACAAGUUCCUUAGCAGCAAAUACGGGAAGUGCUUCACGUCUUUACCCGCGUUUGGAUCAUCAGUUGAGUAAUUCCGAGCUCCUCUCCACACACAAUAGCUUCUCUGGUCAUAACAGGCAAGACAGUACAAGUUCCUUAGCAGCAAAUUCGGGAAGUGCCUCACCUGCUUACCCAGUUUUAGAUCAUCAAUUGAGUAAUAUGCAUUUGUCUGGUAGCCAUCCAUCAGCUCCUGCAUCACCUCUGGCACCUUUGGGGCCUCCAUUGCCCGCUGCUACUUCAACACCUGAUUAUGCAAGUGAAUCUAGUAAUUGGGAGGGGCUUAGUUUAGGCCGAGCUGAUUCGGCUAAUCAGUCUACUUUUUCCCAUAAUGAUUCAUUUAAUGGAUCACAAAAAGGGCAGGGUAUGCAGAUUGUACCUUUCCAGAAAGGUUCAUUGAGAGUUUUGCUUCUACAUGGAAAUUUAGAUAUUUGGGUUCUUGAAGCAAAUAAUCUUCCCAACAUGGAUAUGUUCCAUAGGACUUUAGGCGAUAUGUUUGCGAAUUUUUCUUCAAAUAUCUCAAAAAAGGUUGGAGGGCGCUCGGACGAGAAGAUUACAAGUGAUCCUUAUGUCACAAUUGCAGUUGCUGGUGCUGUUAUAGGAAGGACUUUUGUGAUCAGCAAUAAUGAAAACCCUGUCUGGAUGCAACAUUUCAAUGUCCCUGUCGCACAUCAUGCUGCUGAAGUGCAAUUUGUUGUUAAAGACAGUGAUAUUUUGGGGUCAGAUAUUAUAGGAGUUGUAGCAAUUCCAGUUGAGCAGAUAUACGCAGGGGGAAAGAUUGAGGGAACCUACCCGGUUCUGAAUGCUGCUGGAAAGCCCUGUAAGCCUGGAGCUGUUUUGAAAUUAUCAAUUCAAUACACACCAAUGGAGAAAUUGAGCUUCUAUCAUCAGGGUGUUGGAGCAGGUCCUGAAUAUGUGGGGGUUCCUGGUACAUAUUUUCCUCUUCGGAAGGGGGGUAAAGUGACUCUUUAUCAAGAUGCCCAUGUUCCUGAUGGGUGUCUUCCAAACAUAAAACUCAAUCAGGGGAUACACUUUGUGCAAGGAAAGUGUUGGACUGACAUAUUUGAUGCUAUUCGUCAAGCCAGGCGCUUGGUUUACAUUACAGGGUGGUCAGUUUGGCAUAAAGUUAGGCUGGUACGCGAUGUUGCUCCUGCUUCAGAUUGCACUUUGGGUGAUAUUCUUAGGUCGAAGUCCCAGGAGGGAGUUAGAGUGCUACUUUUGUUAUGGGAUGAUCCUACUUCAAGAAGCAUAUUGGGGUACAAAACGGAAGGAAUAAUGGCUACCCAUGAUGAGGAAACACGCAGUUUUUUCAAACACUCUUCGGUGCAAGUGUUACUUUGUCCUCGCAUUGCUGGAAAAAAACAUAGUUGGGUCAAACAAAAGGAAGUUGGAACGAUUUAUACACAUCAUCAGAAAACUGUAAUUGUGGAUGCUGAUGCUGGGAACAAUCAUAGAAAAAUUAUUGCUUUUGUUGGUGGCCUUGACUUAUGUGAUGGUCGGUAUGAUAAUCCAGAUCAUGCUUUAUUUAGGACACUUCAAACAUAUCAUAAGGAUGACUAUCAUAAUCCAACAUAUACGGGUUCUACGGUUGGUUGUCCAAGAGAACCUUGGCAUGAUAUGCACAGUAAAAUUGAUGGCCCAGCUGCAUAUGAUGUUCUGGUCAACUUUGAGGAACGUUGGUUGAAGGCAGCCAAGCCUCACGGACUUAAAAAAUUAAAAAAGCCCUUUGAUGAUGCUUUGCUGCGGAUAGAAAGAAUUCCUGACAUUAUGGGAGUUUCUGAUUUUACUGAGAAUGAGAAUGAUCCAGAACGUUGGCAUGUUCAGAUUUUUCGCUCGAUUGAUUCAAAUUCUGUUAAAGGCUUUCCAAAGGAUCCAAAAGAUGCAACAAGCAAGAAUUUGGUGUGCGGUAAGAACGUCCUUAUUGAUAUGAGCAUACAUACAGCAUAUGUGAAGGCCAUUCGUGCUGCCCAGCAUUUCAUUUAUAUAGAGAAUCAGUAUUUCCUUGGAUCCUCUUACAAUUGGAGCUCUUAUAAAAAUUUAGGUGCUGACAACUUAAUUCCAAUGGAAAUUGCUCUUAAGAUAGCCAGUAAAAUUAAAGCAAAUGAGAGGUUUGCUGCAUAUGUUGUUAUUCCAAUGUGGCCAGAGGGUGUUCCAACAGGCGCUGCCACUCAAAGGAUUUUAUAUUGGCAGAACAAAACCAUGUCAAUGAUGUAUGAGACUAUUUACAGGGCUUUGGUAGAGGCUGGGCUUGAUAGUACUUACGUGCCAGAGGACUUUCUUAAUUUCUAUUGUCUUGGCAAUCGUGAGCUUGAUGGAUAUCAACCUCCUAUUGACGAAAGUCCUAAGGCUGCCAAUACUCCUGAGGCUCUUAGUCGAAAAAGUCGAAGAUUUAUGAUCUAUGUCCAUUCAAAAGGUAUGAUAGUUGAUGAUGAGUUUAUAAUAGUGGGAUCUGCAAACAUCAAUCAACGCUCCAUGGAGGGUACCAGAGACACGGAGAUUGCAAUGGGAGCUUACCAACCUCAACAUACUUGGGCAGCAAAACGUUCUAGUCCCCUUGGACAGAUCUAUGGGUAUAGGAUGUCAUUAUGGGCAGAACAUGUUGGAGUAGUCGAGGACUGCUUCGCUCGACCAGAGAGCCUUGAGUGCGUAAGACGGAUUAAUCAAAUGGCUAAACUGAAUUGGAGACAAUUUGCGGCAGAGGAAGUGACAGAGAUGAGAGGGCAUUUGCUAAAGUACCCGGUUGAAGUGGACCCCAAGGGUAAGGUCAGGCCCCUUCCUGGAUCUGAAACUUUCCCUGAUACUGGAGGAAGCGUUGUCGGCUCAUUUCUUGGCAUACAAGAAAAUCUUACAAUUUAACCAAAUUUGUUACUAUAUCUACUAUACAAAUAAAGUUUCGAAACUAUAAAUGAAAUAUUUAUUUAUACUAUAUAGUUUUAAAAGUCCGUUUUAUACAAAUUUGUAUAGUCAAAUCCAUAACAAAUUUUGUACUUGCCUAUAUUCAUCGUUUCAAAUAGAAAUAAUCUUUGUUCUUUUGUUA